GAGCGGAAGUCGUGCGGUGUCACCUCCGGGACUCGCUCGCUGCGUCUCAUCGUUGGGGCCGCGACAAGAUGGCGGACCUGUCUCUGGACGAGCUCAUACGGAAACGCGGUGUGACGGUGAAGGGGAGACUUAACACAAGGCCAGUGUUUGGAGGUGUAAGAUCUCGCAUUGGGAUCCAGCAAAAUCUUCUGAAUAGAUCAUCACCAGCUGUGAGCUUCCAGCAGACUUUUGAUGCCCGACAGAAGAUAGGACUCACUGAUGCCAGGCACAAACUGGGGGUGAAGGAUGCCCGAGAAAAGCUGCUUCAAAAGGAUGCUCGCUUCAAAAUCAAAGGGAAGGUGCAGGAUGCUCGGGAGAUGUUGAAUUCCCGCAAGCAGCAAAGUGUGGCUGCUGAAAAGGUGACCAAAGUGGUGGAUGCCAGAGAGAAGAUCAGCUUAAAAAGGAGCACUCCAGCUGCUAUCAGCCCAGCUAUGGGGACAGUAAAUCCAGCUGUGAAAAUCACCAAAACUAUUCAACAGAAGGCUCCAGUUCCUGGACACUCUCAUCCAGCAGGAAUGAGGAUCAAUGUGGUGAACAACCAUACACAUAAACAGGGUCUGUAUGACACAGAAGAUGAUGAGGAAAGUGUCUCUCCCCUUCCUAGCAAACAGAUGAAAAUCACCACCACAAACAGUUUCCUGCACAACUCGACUGGUCUGAGCAGCAAUAAAUUCUCUCUGUCCAAGACUGUUCCCCUGACUAAAGUGGUCCAGAACGACACAUACACAGCUCCACCUGCAACUGCCCCUCCUAUGCGGACAAAGGCCUUGGCAAACAUGUCCCGGACCUUAGUGACAAAGGAAGUGCCUCCAAAAGAGCCAGCACCUGUUGAGCUGGCGUUCAGUCCUUUGGAAGGCACAAAGAUGACCGUAAACAAUCUGCAUCCUCGAGUCACAGAAGAAGAUAUUGUUGAGUUAUUCUGUGUGUGUGGCGCCCUGAAGCGAGCCCGGCUGGUGCACCCUGGUGUGGCUGAGGUAGUAUUUGUGAAGAAAGAAGAUGCUAUCACAGCAUAUAAGAAAUACAACAACAGGUGUUUAGAUGGUCAACCAAUGAAAUGCAAUCUUCAUAUGAAUGGGAAUGUCAUCACCUCAGACCAGCCUAUAUUGCUCCGAUUGAGUGAUACUCCUUCAGUGAAGAAGGAAGGGGAACCACGCCGGUCAAGUGCAAGCGCCUCCUCAAAUCCCCCAGCUGAAGUGGACCCUGAAACUAUCUUGAAGGCACUCUUCAAAUCCUCAGGGGUCUCUGCCUCUGUGCAGCCCACAGAAUUCAAAAUUAAACUCUGAGAGGGGGGGAGCAAGCAGUGGACUGGAAAACUCAUAUAAGCUGGGGGAUGAGGAAAGUGCAGGAGUGCAGAUGUUGUUUGCAUUUGCCUGUCCUGAAAUUUUUUGUUUUCUAUGAUCGCUACCUUACUGUACAAUAGUGUUUCCUCUUGUGUGUGUACUUUCUGUUUUCAUAGUUGGAGUUUUCUUCCAUGAUUUUUUUUCCCAAGAGAAUAACCUUCCCCUUCUGCCAGUAAUGUAUUACCAAGCAUAUACCAUGUAACUCCAUCCUUUACUCCAAAGCCCCCAGUGGCCAUUAAAAGUGCACAUAGACUUUGAGGGAAGGAGUGGUGAUCUCCUUCUGUUUUCUUCUGACUGACCUUUAACUAAAGGGUGCAUCCCCUUGAUUGUCCACAGGCAAGGGCACCACGUUUUUUCUGAAGUUGCUGCGCUGGGUACAAAGGCAGGUUGGGCUCCCUCCAGAAAGGACUUGUGUUCAUUUGGUGGCAUAGCCAUUCCUCCUGGCUGUUGGACGCUUUCCUGCUCAGCAGCUGGGACGUUGAGAAGGAGCAGGAGAAGCUGAGCUGCCCUCAGCGUGCCAGCAGAGACAUCAGGCAGGAGGGACGUGUGCGCGGGUGCACCGGCCAUUGUGCUAUGGGCAGGGCUGUUUCAACCCUGGUAGUGCUGGAGGGUUGUUCUGGCAUUUGUACAAGGAAUAUAUUUGCUCUGGAGGGUCAGGCUCAGUUGCUCUCCUCUUUCUGGACUGAAAAAUUAAGAACCAGUUGUGUUCAGAGCUAGAAGAAACCCAGUUCUUUGACUCCCAUCAGAUUAUAUUGCCUCCUCCUGCUGAUGCACAGACAUGAGUUUCUUCCUUGCCUUCUAACUCAGCCGGUCUGCUAUGGAAAGGAAGGACCUGAGACCCUUUUCAGAUCCUAACAUACACAAAGUCAUGUGUCUGAGAACUUUGAGGGGUGCUAUUUGGGCAUUGUUUGGCUGCUGUGCGGUUAUGCUGCUGGCAUGCCUGGAUUUGGAGGACGAUGGCUGCAGUGUGUGGCCUCAGGGAGAGGUUUAGGAGCAGCGGGCAGUCAGCGCUGUGUCAGGAACACCGGAGAGCAGUGGCAAGUCCCGUGCAGGGCGGCGAGGACGUGGCGUGGGCCAGCGAGUGUGUGUGACAGGCCACUAGGUGGCACUUCCAGUUCUUCCCAUUGUUUGUACCGCAUUGGCGCCUUGCGUG